GAACCGACUCGGUAUAUGGAGAAUUGGAGAAACCAGAAAGGAAUACGAGUGUGGAAGGCGCGGCCUCCAAAAACAGCUUCUCUGACACACCGCCCAUGCCCCUUCAAUGUAGCAGCUGAUCACCGAAUUGAUUUGAGGAAGGAGAAGAGAAAAAUGCAAAUGACAUUGAAUAUGUUGCCGAGAUUGAGAGGCGGUGGAAGCUUGAAAAUAACAAGGACGGUCUCUCCUUCAUUUCAUUCCCUGUUUUCUCGCUCACCGCCGUCCCGUCUUCUUUCUGGUGCUCCCGUUGAUGUUGUUGGCGAUGAUCUGCUGUUGCAGCACUCACCUCCUCCCCCUGUUAAGCCCCUUAUACCCACCCUCCUUCAGCCACGGGUGGUGGUCUACGAUGGCGUCUGCCAUCUCUGCCACCAAGGAGUGAAAAGGGUUAUUGCAGCAGACAAGCAUAGGAAGAUCAAGUUCUGUUGCCUCCAGUCUAAGGCUGCUGAACCAUACUUGAGAGUAUGUGGCCUGGACCGAGAGGAUGUUCUCCGUCGCUUUUUGUUCAUUGAAGGCCCGGGUUUAUACCACCAGGCCUCCACUGCUGCACUGAGAGUGCUGUCUUACCUGCCAUUACCCUACUCUGCUUUAAGCAUGCUCUUGAUAAUCCCGACUCCUUUAAGAGAUGCUAUCUAUGAUUAUGUUGCCAAGCGACGGUAUGACUGGUUUGGAAAAGAAGAAGAUUGCUUGGUUUUGAAAGAGAAAGAGAUGCUUGAGCGUUUCAUAGACAGGGAAGAAAUGUUGGACCAGAAUCGAUCAGAUUCGUGAUUAGCCCUCGUGGUACCAUUGUGUCAAGAUUCUCUAGUUUUCAAGGGAAAGAGAUGCUUGAGGCUUUUAUAGAGAUAAGAAAGAAACACCAGAUUGGAGUCGAUCAUAUUUGAUUAGUAUAAUCAAAUGUAAAGUUGUUCAUGCACUGUACUAUCAAGAUUACCGCAAUAUACCCCAAAUAUCAUUCUUGGUCAGAGACACUGGUGAAAGAUUGCCCUGUGAGACUGGAGAAAAUAAAUAAUUUUUACAUGUUUACCAGUUUAUAUAUUUCUCAAUGGAAUAUCAUGCAUGUCUGUUGGCCCAGUA